GGCGCAGUUGACAGCUCCAUACAGGACAGUGUGAUCUCGUUUCACAGCUGCAGUACUGAGCUCUUACCACUGACUUUACUGAGACAGGUGGGGAGGACAGGCUCCCAGUCUAAAGCUCAGAGCAGCUCCCACUCACCCUCUCCCUCUCUCACUCUCUCUGUCGCUCUCUCGCAGUCUCAACACUUGUGCUGGACCUGCACACUGCUGCUGCUCCCACUCUCUGUAAUCUGCAGAGCUCUCCUCACCUCCGCUGCACAUCUUACUCAGGGAAGUCGUCCUCCAGCACAUGAAGACAGAAAGCAGGUACAAAGAAAUGGGAUUGUACUGAAAUACAAGACUUUUUUUGUUUUGGGGUGGGGGACAGGCACUGGGUGACUAAUUUCUGUCCAGUCUUUUGCAAAAAAAACCCGUAAGGUGGUGGAAGAGGAGGAGGAGGUAUGACAUGGCUUUGAAUUAAAUUGCAUCCUUCAUGCUGGAUAGCAGAACUCUUGUCUUUCAUUGCUUGCUGUAACGCCAUUUGAAGCACCAUGGAUAACACCUAUUCGCUGACUGCUCACUACGACGAGUUCCAGGAGGUGAAGUACGUGAGCAAGUACACCAGCGGCAGCACCCUGAGCAAUGGGCUGAACCUGCACCUGGCUGGGAGGAAGCAGCCCGGGAGCGCCCUGCCACGCUGGAGCAAGCGGGAGAUCUGCCUCAUGUCCGCCCUGGUCUUCGCCGCGGGGCUGUGCGUCAUCCUGGGCAGCAUGUUGGUGCUCAAGUACCUGUCCCUGGAGCCGGAGAGCCACUGCCUGGAGGACUGCCAGAAGAAGAAGGCCUUCCUCAGGGCCUCUCGCUUCAUCUCGGGAAACAUCGACCCCACCAUCGACCCCUGCACAGACUUCUACACCUUCGCCUGCGGGGGCUGGCUGCGGCGCCACGGCAUCCCCGAGGACAAGCUGAGCUAUGGGAUCAUUAGUGCCAUCGGGGAGCAGAACGAGGAGAAGCUGCAGAGCCUCCUGCUGCGGCCGGUGCGCCGCAAGGACAGGGGCUCGGCCGAGAGGAAGGUCAAGGAGUUCUACCGCUCCUGUGUGGACAUGCGGGAGAUUGACCGGCUUGGGGCCCGGCCCAUGAUGGACGUGAUCGAGAGAUGUGGGGGCUGGGACCUGGUGGGGGACUUCAACGAGCUGCUCUACAGGACCCAGGGAGUCUACAGCACCGCCGUGUUCUUCUCUCUGACUGUCAGCGUGGACGAUAAGAACUCAUCCAGGAAUGCCAUCAGGAUUGACCAGGAAGGGCUCACCUUACCAGAAAGAACCCUCUACCUGGGGCAGGAUGAAGACAGUAUCAAGAUUUUAGAUGCCUACAAAACACUGAUGGAGAGGCUGGUGAGUCUGUUGGGAGCUGAAAACGCCACACAGAAAUCUGAGGAGAUCCUGCUGCUGGAGACGCGACUGGCCAAUAUAACUAUUUCAGAGUUUGAUGAACAAAGAAGAGAUAUCAACACCAUGUAUAACAGAAUUACCCUCAGGCAAUUACAGAGGAUAGCACCAAGCCUACACUGGAAACGUUUGCUGGACAGGAUAUUCCACGACAACUUGUCAGAAGAUGAGGAGAUCGUCGUGCUUGCCACGGAUUACAUGCAGAAAGUGUCUGACAUCAUCAAGACCACCCCGAAAAGGGUCCUGCAUAACUACAUGCUGUGGCGCAUCGUGGCGGCGCUGAGCGAGCACCUGUCCACGCCAUUCCGCAACACCAUCCACGAGUUCUCCCACGAGAUCGAGGGCACGGAGCAGCAGCUGGAGCUGGGCCGCAUGUGCCUGAACCAGGCCAACAAGCACUUCGGCAUGGCGCUGGGGGCCCUCUUCGUGGAGGAGUACUUCUCCUCUGCCAGCAAGGCCAAGGUGCAGCAGCUGGUGGAACACAUCAAACACUCGCUGGACCGGCGGCUGCAGGAGCUCGACUGGAUGGACGAGGUGACCAAAGAGGCAGCCAGGGCCAAGCUGCGCCAUAUGAUGGUGAUGAUUGGUUACCCGGACUACCUGCUGAAGCCAGAAGCCAUCGAUGCAGAAUACGGGUUUGAAGUGAGUGAGAAAACGUACUUCAAGAAUGUGCUGAACAGCAUCAAGUUCAACAUCAAGCUCUCUGUGAAGAAGAUACACCAGGAGGUGGACAAAACAGCAUGGCUCCUGCCCCCCCAGGCCCUCAACGCAUACUACCUGCCCAAUAAGAAUCAAAUGGUUUUCCCAGCUGGAAUACUGCAGCCCACCCUUUACGACCCAGAAUUUCCUCAGUCUUUAAACUACGGUGGGAUUGGUGCUAUCAUUGGGCAUGAGCUGACGCAUGGCUAUGAUGACUGGGGCGGACAGUACGAUCGCUAUGGCAACCUGAAGCAGUGGUGGACAGACGAGUCCUACUAUAAAUUCCAGAAGGCGGCUGAAUGCAUCGUGCGGCUGUACGACAACUUCACCGUCUAUAACCAAAGGGUCAAUGGCAAACUCACUCUUGGGGAGAACAUUGCAGAUAUGGGAGGCCUCAAACUAUCCUAUUAUGCCUAUCAGAAGUGGAUCCGAGAGCACGGCCCAGAGCAGCCCCUCCCAGGCCUCAAAUACACUCACGAGCAGCUGCUGUUCAUCGCCUUUGCCCAGAACUGGUGCAUGAAGAGGCGAUCGCAGUCCACCUACCUGCAGCUCCUGACAGACAAGCAUGCCCCUGAGCAUUACAGGGUGAUCGGCAGCGUGUCCCAGUUUGACGAGUUUGGCAGAGUGUUCCACUGUCCCAGGGCGUCUCCGAUGCACCCCGUCCACAAGUGUUCAGUGUGGUGACCGACCCCGGAGUCAGAACCCCGCUCCUACUCUGUGCCCCAUUUAUUUAUUUAUUUUCAAUUUGCUCAUUUUUGUUUCUUGCUUCCCUUGUGGAUGUUAUUUUUAUAUUUUGUAUACUGUAUGUUUAUUACCACCCCAUGUAUUAUUUGUAAUGACACGUAUUAUAAUAACUGGUUUGUUGUACGUCUUAAAGCAAUUUCUGCACACUGCUUUGUAGCCGUUGAGUUUUUGCCGAUGGAAAUAAACCAUCAGGAAUUUAAAGAACACAGCAGCACAUAUCAGGUUAGAGGAAAGGCAGGAUAAAGUUACAUUCAAAUCACAAACUUCUGGAGUGAGUUUGGAGGGAAGGGCUGAAUAUUUGCUUCUAUGCAAGAGGUAUUUUAGCAGUUUCUACAGGGAGCAUAUAUUCAACAUCACCAGAAAGACUUUUUCUUUUAGUACUUCCAUUAACAUUUUUAUAACACUGACUUGCUAAAAAAAAUUGAAUAAACCCCUCCUCCGACGUGAGAAAAGCUUUCUACCCACUCGGACACAUUCGACAGUCUUUGCGUUUCCUAUAUUGUCAUGUCUCCUGCAGUCGUUAUAAUUACUAUUGCAAUUUGUUGUAUUAUGUACAGUCACAUUAUACAGUGUAAAGCUGACAGAGUCACAGAAGGCAAGGAUGUUUAGCCAGGAACCCUUUGAAACAAUACCAGAGCCCUCAAGUCACUGGUGCAACCUGGGUAAAUGAAACCCUAAUAAUAAUGAACUGAACUGAAAUGCGUCUACCGCAUUGAAACCAAGGCAAGCAGACACGCCAAGCUAAACCCACAGCGGCUGCAAGGAGCCCGUCUGCAGUGCAUCUCAGAAAGGAGAGGCUGCUGAGCAGGGAUUUGAUGGAAUGGGACUUUGAGAGUGCAUUGCUGCAAUGAAAUCAACACAUGUUUAACAGGGAAUACUGGCACGCGCUGUUUGAAAACUGAAUGUAAUUUGUAAAAUAAAAUGAGAUGUUUUUGUAUUUUAUUAUCGUUGGUCAGUGUUGUGUCCUGAAGCACCCCUAUGGAAUGAUGUAACUACACACUGUCAUUAAUGACUGUGCUUUUUGACUGUUAACAUUGUGUGCACAUGUUAUUUAUUUCAACCUGAAAUGUCUAUAAAGUAAAAAUCUAAAUACGAAUCCAGAUGUAUUCAUUCACUUAUGCCU